CUCGCUCUAACUCGUCAAAUUUAAACACAGACUCUCUUCUUCCUCUCUCUCUCUCUCUCUCUCUCUCUAUCUCUCUAUAUCUGUCUCAACCCCUUUCAACCAUGUAUCAUCAUCAUCUCAAAAAAAGAACUAAAAUCUUUCUUGCUUUAUUACCCAUUUCUGCACUAGCCUUACUCACACUCACCACACUGAUUACUGUCACAAAAAACCCAAAAAACAGAGAAGAAUCCCAUCACAUUCACAUCCACAAAAACAUUCAAAUCGCUCACUCAGCAUGCGAUGGAACACUCUACCGAGACCUCUGCGUCUCCACCCUCUCCACAUUCCCAGAUCUCGCCUCAAAAUCACUCCCUCAAAUCAUCGCCGCGGCAGUGAAUCACACAAUGUCGGAGGUCCGAGUUUCCGAAUCCAACUGCACUCGUCUCCGCUAUAAGCUCCCGAAGCUAACCCAACUCGACAAACGAGCCCUCGAUGAUUGUCUCGAGCUCUUAGACGAUUCAAUUUCAGAACUCAAAUCCACAAUCUCCGAUCUCUCCUCAUCCAAUAAAUCAGUAAAACACUUCCACGAUUUACAAACCUUGCUGAGCGGUGCAAUGACGAAUCAAUUCACUUGUCUAGACGGGUUCGCGUACAGUAAAUCAAACACUCGUCCAUUCAUCGAGGCCCGAUUGGAGAACAUCUCUCAUCACGUUAGUAACGCUCUCGCGAUGGUCGGGAAGAUUAAAACGGCGUCGUCGAGAGCGGAGGUAUUCCCGGAGUAUGGGACCGUGAAGGGUGGGUUUCCGACGUGGUUGUCGAAGAAAGAUAGGAGGUUGUUGCAGACGGCGGUGAAUGAGACAAAGUACGAUGUGGUGGUGGCGAAGGAUGGGAGUGGGAAUUUUACGACGAUUGGAGAGGCGGUGGCGGUGGCGCCGAACUCGAGUGCGACGAGGUUUGUGAUAUACAUAAAGGCUGGAGCGUAUUUUGAGUAUGUGGAGGUGCCGAAGAAGACGACGAUGCUCAUGUUUUUAGGAGAUGGGAUUGGGAAGACAUGGGUGAAGGGCAAUCGGAGUGUCGGUGAUGGCUGGACGACCUUCCGAACGUCUACUGUAGUAGGAGACGGUUUCAUAGCCAAAGGCAUAUCAUUCGAAAACUACGCCGGCCCAAGCAAACACCAAGCAGUGGCUCUACGUAGCGGAGCAGACCUCUCCGCCUUCUACCUCUGCAGCUUCGUCGGCUACCAAGACACCCUCUACGUCCACUCCCUCCGCCAAUUCUACCGCGAAUGCGACAUCUACGGAACCAUCGACUUCAUAUUUGGCAACGCAGCUGUAGUUUUCCAAAACUGCAACUUAUACGCGCGCAAACCAAUGGACAACCAAAGAAACAUCUUCACCGCUCAGGGAAGAGAGGACCCGAACCAAAACACCGGCAUUUCAAUCCUAAACUCUAAAGUUGCCGCUGCAUCGGACUUAAUUCCUGUCCAGUCCUCCUUCCGAACCUACCUUGGCAGGCCAUGGAAAGAGUAUUCGAGGACGGUGUAUCUUCUUUCGAAUAUCGGCGAUUUGGUAGACCCUGCUGGCUGGUUGGAAUGGAAUGGUACUUUUGCGUUGUCGACCCUUUAUUAUGGGGAGUAUAAGAACAGGGGUCCGGGUUCGAACACAAGUGCCAGAGUGACCUGGCCUGGUUACAGAGUCAUUACGAAUGUCACCGAAGCGACUCAGUUUACCGUUGGGAAUUUUAUUCAAGGGGGUGAGUGGUUACCUUCUAAUAAUAUUUCAUACUAUCUCGGUUUGACUGGUUGAGUAGAACCCAAAAUGUUGGUUGUGUUUGUAUUUUGAAUAAAUUAUGUUAGUAGUUUUUAUAUUUUGAUUUUUGUGUUA